AUGAAAGCGCCAGGGGAGACUUCCCAGGACGAAGUCAGUAGCAGUGGCGCAAAUGGUGUUGCUCCUUCACAAAAACGUCGACCCCCGAAGCUUGCCAAGUCAACGACUCCCUCGGACGGACAAAGUGCAGGAAGUCAGCAAAGAUACGGCGGUCCCGAGAGAUCAAAUCGCAAAAAACAUCGAAAAUUACCGAAUGGCGUUGCCCAUGAGCAACGCGAGAGUAGUUUGAAUACUUCGUCUGAGGAGCAAAUCUCCGACGAACCGAACACAUCCCCACGAGCCGUGAUGCAUCAUCAGAGCACGACCGUACGCCGAGAGUCGGCCCAGUCCGCCGAACCAGAUCAAGUCCAAGUGGUUGGCCGAGAACAAAGAUCCAAUAGUCCAGCACAGGUACGAGAGACACGCGUGCAGCAUAUGCUCAGUCCGGAAGUCGAUGGCCAGAUUGUCCAAGCCCCAAACCGACAUGUAGGGCAAGCAGAGGGUAAUCUUACGAAUGGGACCAAUGCGAAUGCUGGCCAAGUGACACAAACCACCGAAGCAGUUACGAAGCCCAAGGGCAACGAUCAGUUGAGACUGAGGCUGGAUUUGAAUCUUGACGUGGAAAUCGAGCUGAAGGCGAAGAUUCGUGGCGAUGUGACCUUACAAUUACUACAAUAA